AGAGCAGCGCAGCAGCUAGCUAGAAGUUUUGGGCGGAGGCCUCAGCGGCCUACAGUACUGUAGAGUGCAGACGCAUGGUCAUGGACUUCUCCCUGAAAAAUAAACAGGGGGAAAAAGAACGGCCCAUGGUUUACGGUUCAGGUGUCCUUAUAAAGGGGUCUAUUUUAAAUGAUCUAUUUGAAAUAAAUCUUAAAAAUAUUUUUAUGUUAAAAUAGAACCCUUAACUAUUAGGAAAAAGUCCAAAUAACCCCCUAAACUUUGGAUGGAAGUUCGUCUAGCACUCUAAACUUUAAAACCAGAUAUUCAACCAACCUAAACUUUACAAUACCGUUUAUAUAACCCCAUAAGAUGAUUUUGCAUAGUGAUUUUUAUCUAAUUUAUAUAUAAGUUGGAUGAGUCUGAGCUUUGGACAUAUAUAUAUAUAUUAAAAUUUUAACUGAAAUAUUUCUUUUUGCUUCAUAUUAACUCUUACUUACAAACAAUUGUAUCAAGAUGAUAAUAGUAUGAUAUCACUGUACAAAAAUAAAUUAAUAACUUAUAACUGAUGAUAUGCAAAUAUAUUAUAUUAGUUAUUUAAAAUUAUUCGUUUAAGCUUCUAAAAUAUGCAAAGCCAUCAUCAAACUACCUUAGGAGCUAAUAUGGAUGGUAUGGCAAAGUUCGGAACUCCCGUUUCGCAACUUUUGCUCCGCGAGCACGUUUCACGAACUGCUAAACGAUACUUUUUUUUAAAAAAAAAUUCUAUAGAAUAGUUACUGCAGAAAAUCAUAUUAAUCUAUUUUUAAAGUUUUUUAGCCAAUACUUAAUUAAUCAUAUGUUAAUGAGCUACCUCGCUUUCUGUGCGAAGUGAAAAGCUACUUUAGAACAUCUUAAUCCUGUGCAUAAUAGCUUCUCAUAUACACCAAAAGUUAUAGAAAUAGCAUUGCAUCUAUAUAUAAAGUCUCAUCUUCUUAUUAGUAUAUUUUAUUUAGCUGCUCUAAGUUGGUGCAGGCGGGCGCUGGUUUGGCACUAAGAUAAAAACAAUCAUCGGAUGCUCACUUAACUCGCAAUCCACCCUACCCUAGUGACCACCAGUCCACAAGCAGCACCUAUAGCUAACUAUUAGUGAGAGACCACCGACCCAAAAUCAGUGCGAGGCGGUGGCGAGCGGCUCCCAUGGCCGUAUACAGCGUCGCCACGGGGGCCUUGGCUCCCGUCCUAUCGAAGCUCUCCGCUUUGCUGGGCGACGAGCACUUGGAUCUUGCGGAGAGGACCCGGAGCGACGCCAUGUUCAUCAGGUCCCAGCUGGAGGCCGUGCACUCUCUCCUCCUCCCGAGGAUUAGUUGGGGAAUGACGGGGGAGGAAGUCGAUGCUUUGUGCAAGGAUGAGUUGAUGGCGGAGGUGCGUGAGCUGUCCUACGACAUGGACGACGCCAUCGACGAAUUCUUCUUAGAGGAGCCCAUGGCGGGCGGCGACGGUGGCCCUUUCGAUGAGCUCAAGACAAGAGUUGAGGAUGUCUCCAAGCGGUUCUCCGACAGCCGGCGGUGGAGGCCACCGGUGGAGCAACAUCAACCAUCCCUAACCGCCGCAACCGUAGACUGUCCACCUCCUCACGCUCGCUUCGUCCACAACAUGAUGGAUGUGUCAGAGCUCGUGGAGAUGGACAAACAACAUGAGAAAGAGCUCAUCAAAUUGCUGGAACAAGGUGCGGACACAAGCAUAUAUGCUUCCCGGUGGCGCAUCGCAACACCAUGGCAUGAUAAGGAGCAAAGUACUGUGGUCAAGGUGCCGGAAAGAGAGUGGGGCUUCCCGGACAAUCGGAACAGUCCAUUUAUAUGGGCGAGUGAUUCGUUUGAACGAUUGCGUUCGGGAAGUUUGUGUGGAGAUACGUUGCGGUUGGAUGGUGAAGGCGCGAACAUCCGCAAGCUCUUGUCCACCCUCCGGAAUAAGGUGGGCCGCGCCCAGUUGGUGCAGGUCGAGGAUAAGAGAAAAAGGGUAGAGGAGGCGACGAAGCCUUGUGAAUUUCACGAGGUCAAAACAAUAUGCAUCCUUGGAUUGCCUGGCGCAGGCAAAACAACUCUUGCAAAACUGUUGUACUCCCAUCACUCAACGACAGAGCAGCAAUUCCAACACCGGGCUUUCGUGUCACUCUCUCCGGGUGCCAAUCUCACCGACACUCUUACUGAUAUUUUAUUGCAAGUAGGAGCAUAUAAUGAUGAUGCAACACCAUAUUGUGGGACCGGAACACCGCACCAACAGUAUCUCAUUGACAAUAUAUCAGCUUAUCUCAUUGGCAAAAAGUAUCUUAUUAUAAUUGAUGACGUUUGGCACUGGGAAGAGUGGGAAGUCAUCAGAAAGUCCAUUCCAAAGAAUGAUCUGGGUAGCAGAAUAAUCAUGACUACUCGUCUUAAUUCAAUAGCUGAGAAGUGUCGCAAUGAUGACAUGGAUGCGUUUGUUUAUGAAACUGAGGCUCUGGAUUAUGUGGAUGCUUGGUUGUUGUGUGACAAGGUAGCAAGAAAGUCUGUCACAUGUAUGAACAUUAAUCCAUGCUAUGAUAUCGUGGACAUGUGCUAUGGUAUGCCGUUAGCACUAAUUCGUGUGUCGUCAGCAUUGGCAGAAGAGAUACAAGCUUUAGACAGUGAUGAACGGCAAAUAUGGAGGGCUCUGAGACGGGUAGAGGAUGGUAUUUUGGACAUCCCAUCCUUGAAGCCAUUGGCAGAGAGUUUAUGCCUUGGUUACGACCAUCUUCCUCUCUAUCUGAGGACUUUGUUGUUAUGUUGUAGUGUGUACCAUUGGCUUGAUGGUGGGAUUGUUCAAAGGGGCCGUUUGGUCACAAGGUGGAUUGCUGAAGGAUUUGUUUCAGAAGAGAAAGCAGCAGAAGGUUACUUUGAUGAGCUUGUCGGCAGAGGAUGGAUGAAGCAUAGAGGGUUGAACGAGUAUGAGAUCCACCCUAUGAUGCUGGCCAUCCUUAGAUACAAAUCGAAGGAGUACAAUUUUGUAACUUGUUUGGGUACGGGAUCUGAUACUUGUACUAGUGCAUCUCUAUCCUACUCCUCUCCAACAAUGGCGAUUCGCCGGCUUUGUCUUCAAAGGGGGUACCCAAUGAAAUGCUUCUCAAGUAUGGAUGUGUCACACACUCGCAGCCUUGUCAUCCUUGGCGACGUGAUAGGAGUCCCCUUGGAUAUGUUUAAAAGAUUGCGAGUGUUGGACCUUGAAGAUAAUAUCGGUAUAGAGGACUCCCACCUGAAGAAGAUAUGUGAGCAGCUAGAGAGCCUCAGGCUGCUCAAGUACCUAGGUCUCAAGGGUACGCGAAUCACUAAGCUCCCACAGGAGAUACAGAAGCUGAAGCAACUGGAGAUUUUGUACGUGAGGAGCACAGGCAUCGAAGAGCUCCCAUGGGAGAUCGGGGAAUUGAAACAACUGCGGACUCUGGACGUGAGGAACACGCGGAUCAGCGAGCUCCCGUCGCAGAUCGGGGAGCUCAAACAUCUGCGGACUCUGGACGUGAGUAACAUGUGGAAUAUCAGCGAGCUGCCGUCGCAAAUCGGGGAGCUGAAGCAUCUACAAACUCUGGAUGUGAGGAACACGUCAGUGAGAGAGCUGCCAUCGCAAAUCGGGGAGCUGAAGCAUCUGCGGACUCUGGAUGUGAGGAACACGGGGGUGAGAGAGCUGCCAUGGCAAGCUGGCCAGAUCUCGGGAUCGCUGCACGUGCAUACAGAUGACAGUGACGAGGGCAUGCGGCUGCCAGAAGGCGUAUGCGAAGAUCUGAUCAAGGGUAUUCCCAAGGCUGAGCUCGCAAAGUGCAGUGAGGUCCUAUCCAUCAAUAUUGUCGAUCGUUUAGGAUCUCCCCCUAUUGGCAUAUUCAAGGUUAUUGGCUUGCACAAGAGUAUCCCGAAGCUGAUCAAAGAUCAUUUCAAUGUUCUUUCUUCCCUAGACAUCAGGCGGUACAACAAGCUAGAGGAGGAUGACCAUGAGUUUCUAGCCAACAAUAUGCCUAACCUCCAGAUGCUUGUACUGAGGUUCGAGGCCCCACAAAGAGAGCCCAUCAUCAUUAACCGCACAGGCUUCCAGAUGCUGGAGAGAUUCCUUGUGGAGAGCCGGGUGCCACGGAUAACCUUCCAGGAAGGAGCCAUGCCCAAGCUCAAGCAUCUCGAGUUUAAGUUCUACGCUGGCCCACCAAGCAAAGAUCCCAUAGGAAUCACCCACCUCAAGAGCCUCCAAAAGGUGGUCUUUCGCUGCUCCAAAUGGUACAAGAGCGACAACCCUGGCAUCAAGGCUGCCAUUGACGUCGUGAAGAAAGAAGCAAGGCAGCAUCCCAACCGGCCGAUCAGCCUUCUCAUCACUGAGGGCGAUAAGGAGGUACCGAAUAUUGAGGCACACGGGAGCAGUGAAAACAUUGUCGUUGUCCACGCUGCUCCUGACGACGCCAUCAGUUGCUCUAGCUGCGGCCGAACCAGCACUAGUAUCCAAGAGGGAACAGUCCGAGAUCGAAUACCAGCUAUGGAUUUGUUCUGGCCGGAGUUUAACAGCUAUGAAAAAGCAAAAAGAAACUAGCUAGUGCUAUUGUAUUCUAAUUUUACCUGUACUCUGUAUAGAAAAAUCUCUCUUUCAUUCAUGUACUCAUCAAAGCCUCCUCUUAAUUUUUGUUGCCUCUGUUGCUACAUAUGCUAUCCAUCGUACGUCAAGAUAGUAAUGUGUGUAGCUCCUUAUUUUUUUUAAUUUAUUGAGAAAUUAAAUUGUACUUUAUGUUGGA